AUGGCCUCUACCUUUGAAACACGGAUAUUUAUCAAUAACGAGUAUGUCGAGGCAAAAUCAAAAGAUGUCUUCACAAUCCACAGCCCGGCCGACGGCACUCUCAUAUCCGACCAGGUUCACUCAGCAGGCGAACAAGACAUCGAUGCCGCCGUUGAUGCUGCUCAGAAGGCCUUCAAAGGCUCCUGGGGCAGGCAGGAUCCAAUCGAAAGAGCAAAGGCCAUGUUCAAGUUUGCAGAUCUGAUACGCGAAAAGGCCCAAGACCUCGCCCGGUUGGACACGUUGGCUAUGGGGUCUGCCAUCUCGACACAGACAAUGGGAUACAGGAUCGCCGCAGACCUGUUCACCUAUUACGCUGGGCUAGCCGAUAAAAUCCACGGCGAGGCAAUAUAUCCGACCUCAACGGGGCCUUACAAGAUCGUGCAGCGGGAGCCUAUUGGUGUCUGUGCUGGCAUUGGCGCCUGGAAUGUAUCGUCGAUCCUGUUCGCCUGGAAGGUUGCGCCCGCGCUGGCAGCAGGAAACACCUCUAUCUUCAAGCCAUCCGAGAAAGCACCUUUGGGAGUUCUAGCACUAGGUCCAAUGAUCAAAGAAUGUUUUCCUCCAGGUACCAUCAACAUUGUCAACGGGGCGGGCAAAACCGGUGCGCUGUUGGCAUCCCAUAUGCAAAUUCGGCAGAUAGCCUUUACAGGUAGCACGGCCACGGGUCGCAAGAUUCAAGAAUAUGCCGCAAAGAGCAAUCUGAAGCGCGUGUCAUUGGAGCUCGGAGGCAAGUCACCUUCAAUCAUUUUCGAGGACGCAGAUGUCGACCUGGCAGCGGCUAAAACUGCUGAGAGCACUUUGAUGAACACGGGCCAGAUUUGUGCAAUGGCAUCCCGUGUCUACAUCCACGAGACGAUUGCAGACGACUUCAUAUUGCGACUGAAGAAGGCCUUUGACGCCGUGGACCAACGCAAUGCAAUUGGUGACCCCUUGGCAGAAACUACAGAGGUAGGGCCGCUCGCAGAUCAGGCGCAAUUUGACCGUGUGUUGUCAUUUCUGGAGAUCGGUAAAACCGAUGGCGAGCUGGUGAUUGGCGGUGCGCGUCGAGGACAGACUGGUCUAUUCGUUCAACCCACCGUUUUUAAGAAUGUGGCGAGGGACUCUCGGAUCGCAAAAGAAGAGGUGUUUGGACCCGUCAUCACAGUGCAGGUGUUUCAGACCGAAGAAGAGGCUAUCAAACUCGCUAAUGACACUGUAUAUGGCUUGUCUGCUUGUUUGUACACCAAAUCCAUUGCCCGCGCCCUCCGUGUGAGCCGCGAGAUUGAAACCGGCAGCAUCGCUAUCAACGACUGGUAUUUUCCAUCUCUGGGUGCCCCAUUUGGUGGUGUUAAACAGUCUGGAUAUGGUAGGGAGGGCGGUAUGGAAGGCUUGAACGACUACCUCCAGACCAAGACGAUACAGAUAAAGGAAGUCGCGGUUUUGCCUAACAAAAGAUCUCGUGCUGACUGUCAACGUAACCAGCAUCAAUACUACCUCGUGAUGAAGUCGAUAUUAAGGUCAACAUUUGAUGGCAACGUUCGCAAGAGGAGAGCCAGCGUAGGGGGCCAGCUCGUAUCCUGA